CAGCGACCUGGUUUCCAGUUCCGGUGGGCUGUGGUCUGUCGGCUCCUGUGCUACGUGUCUCAAGCAGCGGGGUUGUCGGUGGGCAGCACCAUGGAUCAGGUAAUGCAGUUCGUUGAACCCAGUCGGCAGUUUGUGAAGGAUUCAAUCCGGCUGGUUAAAAGAUGCACCAAACCUGACAGGAAAGAAUUCCAGAAGAUUGCCAUGGCAACAGCAAUAGGAUUUGCUAUAAUGGGGUUCAUUGGCUUUUUUGUGAAGUUGAUCCAUAUCCCCAUUAAUAACAUCAUUGUAGGUGGCUGAAUGAAUACCUUUCUAGAGGAGGGUUUUUCAUCUUGGGGAUUGGUCGACAAGAGACAAUUUGAGAAGCUCAUGGAGUGAAAAAUUUGCCUGUGUGCUUUGUGUUCUUUCCUUUUUUUCCCAUGUUUUCUAUUUCUAAAUUAAAAUAAUUUCAAAAUAAA